CAUAUCAUACCUACCGUAUGACUAAUCGAAUGAACAGUGGCUAUAUAUAUUGAACGUAUUACAGGAAGGACUAUUUAUAUUAAAGAAAUAAGUUUAAAAUAACGGAUAAUUUGCACACGUCACCUAACAGUUUUAAAAUUUGAAAACUGGCUUGCCAUGAAAGCAUUUAAAACUUUAUUUUAAACAUCGAAAUACAUUAACUGUAAUUUAGUUUAAUUAUUUGUGAAGAGUUAAACUAGUAGUGAAACAGACAUAAUGGAAGAUCCAAGCAGAAAAUUAAGUAGCGACAGCGUUCCGGAUAUUCACAUUGAGCCAGCAGACGACUAUACUGCUUCCAUAGAACUGUCAAACGCAUGCAGGGAAUUCUACAGAAACCGAGUGAAAGCCACGGAGAACUUUAAACAGAACAUGAAAAAUAGAACCAACAACGACAGGACGUCAACAACGACAAAACGAACAUCGAUUGAUGAUGCCAUGGUGAAACUGAGGGGCGAAAUGGCCUCCCUGAUGGACCAGGACUUGUCCUUGAUGAAGCAGCUUCUCACGCUCAAUGAGGCAAUCGAGGACCUCAAAACCAAGCGUCUGUACCACCUGAGCAAGGAUUCACUGCGGGCUAGUUCACAAGAUUUGCAUGCCAGCGAUUUGUCCGUUUCUGAAACCGACAUGUAUGAAACCGAUGAUGAAAACGAAAAGAAAACUCUAGAUAUCAAAGACAAUUACCAAACCUCGUCUCUUUCCUUACCUGUGCCCCUCACCAAGGAGAAUAAAUUUCACGCCCAUAUGGGGCUAGUGCGAAAAUCUGACAUUGCCAUUGUGGUCACGGAUAAUGGCCAUAGGACUGUAAAACACGAGCCCCAAAGUUCACUGGACUCUGGUUAUGGGGAUGACACCACAUAUGGGAAACUUCUCCUCUCCCAUCGAGGACCUGUCGAGGUCACGAUCUGAAAUAAUUGCAGUAUACAUAUAAACAUUCGAACAAUGGUGGCAUAACUGUUGUUUCCAAGAUUUGCUAAAUAUUUGACCAUCUUGUAAAGCCUAGUGCUGUCCUUUUCUAAAUCUACAAAUGUAUCAUCCACAUCGCAUUGCGCCUUCUUCUACUCAUCCUCCCGAGGACUUCCGGUGGUAUCUCCAACAAUCUCCCGACAAGGACGACCUGUCGCUAAUACUGAGAGAAAGCGAGUGUUCUAAACCAUGGUACGUUAUUCAAUAUCGGGCCAGAAAAAGGUCACCAAAAUCGAAAGCCCUGCAUAAUGAACGGAACCCCAGCUGCCAGGAAAUCGUGGGAUGUUUGGCUCUCACGUACAGUCAAGUCGUUCGUGGUAUAUUUGAACUCUUGAAAUUGUCAGGUUACAUGGUCACAAUCAUGUACAAGGCUCGUAUCCUGGAGCAAUGGGAUAAACGCUGGUGGUUAGAGAACACAUGAUAUUGAACGAUCUGAGAACCUUAAAAGUGAGCAGUUUGAACUAGUGUAUCUAUAUUAUUUCACUCGUUUAAUCCUCUUUUCUGUAUACUUAUUACCUCUCGACAUGCGUCUACUACAGUAGACUGAGAAGUAGAUUGUCGCUGUAACCUACUGAGAAUAUCUAGAGAAGUUCGUUGUCAAGUAUUCAUGGCAUUUGAAAUAACUUGUUUAAUGCAUGUUGAAGCCACAUUCACAGUGUGUAAAUGACUCAAGACACUCACAUUUCAUAUGAUACUUUAGCUCAUUAUAAUAGUUGGCCAAAUAAGUAAUGGAUUGUAUAUGCUGUAACAAUAUACAUCAAUAGUACUAUUGUUCCAUGUUAUGUGAUUUGUAAACAAAUAUAAGCAAAGUAAUCAAUUAAUGUACAAUUACGAGUAUAUGUAACAGGAGUUUAGUUGAUAUAUGCGAAAUGAGACCUUGUAUGACGUAAACGGUUGGGACUUGCGCCAGUAAUGGAAAAUGGAUUGAUUCUAGUCAUUGUAUACUACAUUUGUUGUUGGUGUGUUGAUUUCAGUGUGUGAACAUAUAUGGUUGCUGCAAUAUUGGCGUUGCUUUUGUUACUUGCGAUAAUGAACUACUUGUUGCAAUAUGAAUGAUGAAAUGGAAAAAUAAAGAAAUGAACUAAA